UGCACAUACCUCGCUUCUGUCUUAUUUGCAGUAUCGAAGCGGCUGCUUGGACUGUAUCAUUUUGCAAAUGUCACUCAAAAUAUGUUCAUACGUCAUGCCUAGCCCUACUGUCAGCUCAACUUAAGUAACUUUCACUGUUUUGCGUCAGAAUGGGCUCAGUUUCCUUCAAAUUUCCGACUUCAUUCGGGGACAUCAGCCAUCCCCCACCACCAGAUCCUCCAGUUGUCAUUGUUUCGUUUUUUGGGAAGUCAUCCUACAUCUCUAGAGGCUUCAAAGGAAGUGCUGUUGAUGAUGCCCUUGGACGUCAAGUCUUCUGCUCAUCAGUGUUAGACUUUCCUCAGGUUGAUGGUGAUGCUCACACUGAAAUUAAAGGAUACCUGGACUUUAAACAGAAGGUACUUUACCUACAUUUAUGUGGUACAUUUGACGUUAGAGGACUGGCUGAUAUUUAUGAAAAAUUAAAGACUGAUCUGGGUUCAAAAGGAUACCUUAAAGAGUGGGCCAAGUUACGACAUCACUAUGCCCGAUCACUUCUUUUUUUGUUCAGUGUCUCACAUGUACUGGUAUGCUCACAUCCUUCACUUGUAUUUGAUACAAGUUACAUACGUCUUUUUCGUGCCUUAGAUAGUGUCCGCCAAAAAGUUCAAGGAUCUAUUGGUGAUAUCAUCUCUACUAUAUCUGGUGUUCCAAAGGAUUGGGUUCAGUAUGGAAGAUUAUGUACACCUCGUUUACUUUUUCUAUUUGAAAAGUGCCCUGCAUCUAUCAAAAAGCAAAGUUUAUCUGAAAAUGGAGAGACACCUGGAUCAAAUAGAAAGGUGCCUGCUAUUAAGAAGCUGGAGCAUGCUAUGGAGGAUCAAAUUUAUCAUGUUUUGCGUAAAAACCGAAUCAUAUCUAAGAGCAGUAUGAAUAGUCUCUUUGCUAUCCCAGCAAAUCAGGAAUUUGUUUUUAUUCCUACAUCCAGGGAUUCAAUGCGUGACUCAAGAACAGAACUCAUAGACAGUGUCAUCAGCAUGUGUAACGGCACAUCUUUUGGUCCUGAACAACAAGAUGAACAUUCUUUCCAUUCACCAUCAUUCCUAAAUGAAAUGAACUUAAAUCGACAUUCCUUUAAAGGAUUUUUGCAACAGCACAUAGAGCAAGCAUUUUCUAAAGGUUUUGAUGAUAAUGUUGGCAGACAUUCUGCACCAACAUUUUUUGAAGUUCCAAAGUUCAGUUUAUGGCUGGAAGUUUCCAAAAAAGUGUUUGAAUUUUCCACAUCACCCAAGUCAGCUUCUAACUCAAACCAAAGUGCUAUGCUCCAUGGCUUGCUUGACACCGAUGUCAAAUUCAGUGAAAGUCGCUGUGGAAAGGUGCUGCCACUUGCCAUAGCAACAUACCAGGAAAAUCUACCAACUCACUAUACCAGAGAAUAUCAUGAUGGAAGGUUAGCUCAUGCCUUGUCAGUAUUUGCUGUCCAUGCUCGGGGGCCUCUCUUUGAGGAAUAUGCGAAGCAGGUGGAAACCGAGUGUGAAGCCCAUUGGAAAGCAGGCAAGCAGAUGUGCCAGGUGUUAAGCCUUACUGGCAAUCCAUGCACAAAACCUUUACACAAAGGUGGAGGUGAUGGUGCAGGAGGAGGGGAGCUCCAAGAAGAAGAGGGGAGGGAUCACUCUCAGUUACCGUUAAUGGAACAUUGUAGUGGAGUCGUGUAUGUUUCUGCUUGUAACUGUGGAAGAAAGCAGGGGCCAAGAGAGGACCCAUUCAGUAUGAGAACUUCAAACCAUGACUUCUAUACAGUUUUAGGAAAGGAUUGUGGCUGUUGUGAUCUUGAGUCCAUUACUUUUCCUGUUUUCACUCCUAGUACUAAAGAUUUUCGGGCUGCUCAGUUGUUUUCAAAUAAGAAAGCAGGAAAGGCUAAUACUGAACCGCGGGAUACUGAGGCCACUACUCCUCAAGGAAAUACUCAAGGACUUAGCUUUGCAGCUUAUGUCUCUGGACCAUCCGGUGGUAGUGAUAUUAUAGCAGAAGAAACAAGUAAUCUAAUUCCUGCAAAGACUGAUAGUGAAACUGACAGUGGAAGUAAUGCUAUAGUGAUCCAAGUUUCUGACACUGAUUCGGAAGGUUCCAAAGAAAAAUGUUUGGUGCGUCAGCCAUCUACAACAGAAUACUUGCCAGGAAUGCUUCAUUCAGAAUCUCCUCUUGGACUUCUUCCACAAUUUCCUUCAUGGUCAUUAGUGUGCCUUGGACCAUCAAGUUUGUAUUCCCACAAUCUUGGUCUUCAAGAGCAACAACAGGCGGGCCUAAUGCCUGGAUCUGCAUAUCUACUACCUUGGGAUUUGACUGUCAGGCUUGAGCAUCAACAGGACCGCCCUAAUGCAUGGCCGACGGUUGGUGAUGCUGCUUUCACAAGAGGGAAUAAACCCCUAGCAAGCAGCGUCCUUCAGAGACCACGUAAAACAAAACGUGAUACUUCUGAAUUUGUUGUGAAAAUAUUUGUUGGAGUAGAGUAUGAAUGUCCACGCGGCCAUCGCUUCAUGUGUUCAGCACCAGACAAAGUGCUCAAGACUAGUGGUUCUGGACUUGUAAAGGACAAUGGUAACAAAAUAACUGGAAAUGACAUGCCUCUUUACUUUCCAUGUCCAUGCAAAAACAGCAAACCACUGAUAGCACAAUUAAUGCGUGUUCAUGUUGUCACUCCUAAAGCCCCUGUACAUGUCACACUGAAUCCCAAAGUACAGCCUGCACCAUCACCCUGUCCCAUAUUUGGACCAGGCUGUGAGAAACCUAUCAGGCUCUCUCAAAGUGCUUACUGGAUUUUAAGACUUCCUUAUGUAUAUGUGGGUGACCAAGGUCCUUACAUCUCACCCAAGGAACCUGUUCCAAUAAGUUAUGGCCGACUUUUAGCAGGAAUGUAUGGCAUCAUGGAACUAUCUCCUACUGAAAAGACAUGAUAAUCUUUACUGGUUUGUACUCAAAACUUUGUACUUUUUUAUUAUUGAUAAAAACAACUGGAUGAAUAAAACAUAAAGAAUAAAGGUA